GAGAGAGAUAGAGAGAAAGAGAGCGAGGGAGGAAGAGGAGGAGGAGAAGGGAGGGUGAUAUUUUCCAUAAAGCCUCUUUAUUCCCUCUUUCUUUCUGCCCUUGAGCAUCCCGGGUAAACCCGAGCUGGUGAAGUCGGGACAGUAGGAGGAGAGAGGGGGCAGAGGAGGGCGCGUUUUCCUCAAAGUCAAUAUUUUAUACUUUUCCUACUCCUGGACGCUGGAUUUCACUCCUCUUCUUCACCCGCCGCCUCAAGAUCUAGGACAGCGAUCUGCGCAGCCAUCCACGCUGCGAUAGAGAUAAAAGAAGAAGAAGAAGAAGAAGAAGAAAGAGAGAAAAGUAUCCGGCUGAAAAACAACAAGCAGCGAGCCGGGGCAGGGAGGCGGACAACGGGAGUAACAGUGAGGACCGCGGCGGGGGAUGAGUAUUUACUGGACGGUCGGGAGAGGAUCUUUCUGAGCAGAGAGAGAGAGAGAGGGAGAGAGAGAGGGGGGGAGAGGGAGGACGAGCACGGAGGCUCCAUCACCACACAAAGUGCUGAGCUGCCUCACGGAUGCAUGUGAGAACCCCAGGACAAUCACAGGAGCUCGGCCAGCCUAAAGCGUCCAAUGGAUAUACCUGAAGACGCAGCGACCUCUCCUUCCUCCUGCCCGACCAGCACCGGCAACGUUUGCCCGCAGGACACCGCUCUCUGAUCCAUGGAUCAGCGUUGACAUCUCCCACUCAACUCCCUGCAACACUAUGGUUAAAGCGUAUGCCAAGAUUAAUCUCUGUAACAUUAUCCGCCUCUCCAUCCGCCGCCACUCCUCCUCGGGAAGCCAGUCUUCAAAUCAACAAAGUGUCCCUCUCUGGAGGCCGUCGAUAUUUAUGAAGAGACACUGAGGGAAAGUUGCCGAUACAGUGUCCUCCUGUCAUUUAGGGAAUUUAUUAGUCUGGAGGCGAGUUGUGUCGAUUUACCUGCGCCUCUCCAUUCACAGUGCAGCAGUAUGGUGGUAUAGGGAUGUCCACCAUUUCCUUAUAAUCACCACUCCAUGCGCGUCACCUCUCCCCUGAGCUCCGUGGCCCCCUCACCCUGCGCCGGACCCCGCUCCAAACGACCCCCCAGCCUGCCAUGCUCCUCCAGGCCGCGUUGCUGCUGCUGCUGCUGCACUGCUUGGCCUCCACUCGUGGCCAGUACGAACUGUGCAAGUCCCUGGUGAGCACGGAUGAGGGCUCAGUGUGGGAGCAAUACGCGUGCCAGCCGAAGACCGCGUCCAUGAAAGACUACAUGCGCAUCAAGGUGGAUCCGCCCGGAAUCACGUGUGGAAACCCGCCGGAGAGGUUCUGCACUCUGGAGAAUCCAUACCUGUGCAGUGAUGAGUGUGAUGCCUCCAACCCAGAUUUGGCUCAUCCUCCUCAGCUGAUGCAGGAUCGUGAACGCAACGGCUUAAUCACCUACUGGCAGACAGUUACAUGGAGAAGCCACCCAGAGCCUCUGCUUGCUAACAUCACUAUGUCCUGGAACAAAAGUCUGGAGCUCACGGACGACAUUCUGAUCACCUUUGAGUACGGCCGUCCUACUAUCAUGGUACUAGAUAAGUCCAUGGACCAUGGACGCUCCUGGCAGCCCUACCAGUUCUUUGCAGACGACUGCCUGGACGCCUUCAACAUGCCACCCAAACGAGUGCGUGACCUCUCGCCCGCCAACAUCACUCGGGUCAUCUGUACUGAGCAGUACUCGCGCUGGGUCGGUUCCAAGAAUGACAAGAAUGUCAAGUUUGAGGUGCGGGCGCGCUUUGCUGUGUUUGCUGGACCUCGGCUACAAAACAUGGACAAUCUGUACACUCGCAUGGAGAGUAUGAAGGGAUUGAGGGACUUCUUCACCUUCACCAACCUUAGGUUGAGGCUUCUCAGGCCUGCCCUCGGAGGCACCUAUGUCCAGAGAGACAACCUGCUCAAGUACUUCUAUGCCAUCUCAAACAUCGAGGUACCUGCCAGGUGUAAGUGUAACCUCCACGCCUCCCAGUGCCUGCUGCAAGACGGGAACCUCCAGUGCCAGUGUGAACACAACACCACGGGCCAGGACUGCCAGCGCUGCAGGAAGGGCUUCAAAGCCAAGUCCUGGAAGGCUGGUUCCUACCUGCCAACGCCCAACGGAACCCCCAACACCUGUACGAUUGCUGGCUCCCCCUCCGGUUCUAACUGUGAGUGCUACGGCCACUCCAACCGCUGCAGCUACAUCGACUACCUGAACAUCGUCACGUGCGUCAGCUGCAAACACAACACCAGGGGCCAGAACUGCCAACACUGCAGACUGGGAUACUUCCGCAACGCCUCUGCUGAACUGGACGAUGAGAGCGUCUGCAUCGAGUGUAACUGCAACCAGAUGGGUUCUGUUCAUGACCGGUGUAACGGUACAGGCUUCUGCCAGUGUAAAGAUGGCGCCACAGGGGCCAAGUGUGACGACUGUCUGCCAGGGUUCCACUGGAAACAAGGCUGUUACUCUAACAUUUGCGAUGAGGAGAUGCUCCUGUGCCAGAAUGGAGGAACGUGCUCCCAGAACCAGAAGUGCAUCUGUCCUCCAGAGUUUAAGGGGGUACUGUGCCAACAAUCCCGCUGCGAGGCGGGCAAAGACUGCAAUGCUGCCUCAUCGCUGCACCUCUCCACGGCCAACCUGCUGCUCUGCACUCUGCUAGCCCACCUGCUGGCCACGAUAACCCCCCACUGAGCCACGAAAACCCCCCCUCAGACCAAGGAGUGUGUUUAUAUGUGUGUCCGUGAGGCGAGCGGAGACCCAGAGUAGGUAGGGCCAUAUGAGUCAUGGACCCAGUGAACACACACUGCAGCACACGUGAAAGAGAACACACA